CUGGGAAUGGACCUGGACCAUGCCUACAGGUUUGUGAAAGAGCGCCGGCCCUCCAUUUCCCCAAACUUCAACUUCCUGGGUCAACUGCAGCUCUUCCAGGGCACGCUGAACCAGAAGGCCUCUGGUGGUGACCUCCUCAUCCAGCAGCCGGACAAUCGCCCGCCAUCCACCAAUGACACUGUUAACCAUGUUCACACGAGUCAGAAGGUGAAUUAUCUGGCUGACACUGCCACAAGCGACUCAGCAGAAGACAAGCAGGCACACAACGAGAAUUUUUACACAACAGGCAAAACACAUCAGAGACACUCACAUUCAGAUGGAAGUGGAAAUCAGCAGCUUUCCCUGUCAGGGAAAUGUCUGACUUUUCAUUUGACUCUCAGUCAAAAGCAUCAGCAAGUCCAGAUGCCAGGUGAGGUUCCAGCCUCCUCCAGUUCCUGUGAGCCUGUCAAAUCAGUACCAAAGCCAACACACCUACAAUUCUCUUCAGGCUCUGCAUCUCUGUUAGAGAAACGCAAAAGCCUCACCCUGUCUUUGACCCCUUUGGGAAUUUGUCCUCCUGCCCCAGGAAUCAACCAGCAAUCAAGCAACACCAGCGCAUCCAAAAUUAGCCACAACCAGGAGAAAACAGAAUGGUCUGAGGCAACGACACAGAGAGACAGUGGCUCCUACAGGCAGGCAGCGUACACCCACAGGGAGCAGAGUCCUUCCCACAGCAAGUGCAGCAGAGCCCCGGUGAAGGAGCAGGGCCUGCUGUCACCGUUCAGCUUCACACUCAACAAGCUGCUGGACUGGGGGGAGAGGAUUCUGCUGGGAGGUGUCUUUGUUCCGCCAGUAAAGAUGGGACAACCUGCACUGCCGUACAGGUGCUGAGGGUGCAGGUGGUGGGGGGCAGGAGCAGCUGAUGUUUGUGUCUGUGCAUGUUAGUCAAAAGGACUCUACCCACACAUGUGAGGUACAUACACACAGGAUGUCUAAAAGAACCUUUAUCCUAUAUUUAUUUAUUUAUUGUAGAGCUGAAUAUAAGAACUAUAUCUGACAAUAAACCUCCACACAAAUACAACUUGCUAAUUGCAUAUAUACACUGGUCAUCUAGUCAUUUGUAUGAUGCAGUUGUUUUAAAAGGCACAACAGAUUGAAAUGCAUUUAAUGAUAAUUAAAGAUCAUAUUUGAACUGUG